AAGAGGUCAAACAGAAACAACGACGAAGAGAGAGGGCGAGGGAUAGAGAGGGCGAGAAGUCUAUGGACGAGGAGGUGGAGUUGGAUCAGGACUUAGACGCCUUAAACAAGUUUAUGACAUCGGAGAUGGAUCGAAGGUGACGAGCUGCCCAGGGGAGGGGGUGUUGCGGGAUCUUUUUGACUGCUUCAAGCUCGUUCGACCCCUUUUGUUUGCUCGAGGACCUGGUUCUUGAGAAAUGGUUUUCAACUGGUCCUUUGUGCAAAUGGCACGUUAGCAAUAACAGUCUUGGUGAAAAGAAGAGAGAGUUAAUGCUGUGGACUUGUGUGUGUAGAUUCAGGUGCUAAAAUGGAUUUUAAGCUGAGAAGACCUCUAGAGGCAUCAUCAAAUGCUUCUUCGUCCAUGAUGAGUGAGAUCUCAAGAAAUCUCAAGCCAGGCCUGCCAUUCAUCCCAUGUGAUUCCACUAAUAUAUGCUAUGGUGCUAGACAGGAGCAAUCCUUCUCCGAGUUCCCUCCACCUCAGGUAACACAGUGUCAUGGCUUGUAUGCUCGGGAGCAAAAGACAGAAACCAAAAACCAGCUUGAACCUUCUUCGGCAGUAAAUGAUUUAGUCAUGGAUUGGAACCCUAGACUGAUGCUAAGCAACCUGUCAUUCCUUGAGCAAAAGAUCCACCAAGUUCAGGAUAUUGUUCGAUCAAUAAUUAGCCAGGAAGGCCGAGCUAAUGAGUUGGCAGCACAGCAGCAGCUUGUCACAGCAGAUCUAACUUACAUCAUUAUUCAAUUGAUCUCGACGGCUGGCACUCUUCUUCCCAACAUCAAGAAUGCACUCCUAUCAGCUACUCCUCCUGUUGCUCAGACAGGUGUCGUGGCUAACUUGCCAGUGAAUGCUAGUCAGAAACAUCACGAGGUCUUGUCGGUGGAGUUAGCCAAAGCUUCCGAGUAUGAUGAGCUUAUCAAAGAUUUGAAUAGUGGUGGUGAAGGAGAUGAGUUAAUUAAAUGUUUGAAUAAUUCUGUGGCCGAAGUAUCAGAGUCCAUCCCUAUUGAAGACCAUGACAUCAAGGAUUAUGAUGAUGGUAUGGAUGGAGAGAACCUCCCCCCUGGUUCUUAUGAAGUUCUGCAACUGGAAAAAGAGGAGAUUUUGGCACCACAUACCCAUUUCUGUUUGAUCUGUGGAAAGGGGUUCAAGAGAGAUGCAAACUUAAGGAUGCACAUGAGAGGUCAUGGCGACGAGUACAAGACUGCAGCUGCUCUUGCUAAGCCUAGCAAGGAAGCAAGCUCAGAACCAGCAAUAAUAAGGAGAUACUCAUGCCCCUUUGUCGGCUGCAAGCGGAACAAAGAGCACAAGAAGUUCCAACCCCUCAAGACAAUUCUGUGCGUGAAGAACCAUUACAAGAGAAGCCACUGUGACAAAAGCUAUACCUGCAGUCGAUGCAAAACCAAGAAAUUUUCGGUUAUUGCAGACCUGAAAACACAUGAGAAGCACUGUGGCAGGGACAAGUGGAUUUGUUCGUGCGGGACAACAUUUUCAAGAAAGGAUAAGUUGUUUGGGCAUGUUGCUCUCUUCCAAGGUCAUACCCCAGCCAUUCCCAUGGAUGAUGCCAAAGUUUCAGGAAUGUCAGAUCAUGUACAGGUCGGUGAAACAACGAACGGAAUGGUGGCAAACAUGGGCUACAACUUUAGUGGCAAUGCCUCGGACGAUGCUCAAAGUCUCGACAUAAAAGAUGUUGACGACGGCCAGGGUUAUUUCUCACCCAUGAACUUUGAUGCAUGCAACUUUGGGGGACUUGAUGAAUUUCCACGUUCUGCAUACGAUGUUUCCGAAAGCCCUUUCUCUUUCCUUUCGACUGGCACUUGCAGUUUCAUUCCGAGAAAUGGCGAAAACUAAGUGCCAGCCUGCAGGGAUGAUCAAUUGCUCAGAACAUCAAUAUCUAGUUGCAUAAUAAGUUGUGUUGUAUGAUUUGGCUAGUUUCUUCUUUUGCCUUGCUUUUUGUGGGUAAAGGAACCACUGCAGAUCCAUCCUUUGUGUAGUAUGGACUCCAUGAAUAUGACCCAUGGUGUUAUCUCAAAGCUUGGCUUUUCCUUAAAUGAUUCUCUAUUGUUCUCACUGUGAGAUCAUAAAUAUAUAUGUGAUGGUUUAAGCAUUCUAACAUUAUUGAAUGCUUAAAACUGAAGGUUUCUAUUAAUCUAGUAUUUGAUCUCGAAGCAAUUGUAGUUCAA